AUGGCAGUACAACCUCGUCCGGCAUGGUUUUUACCAAUGGCUCGCCAAGCUGCCCCAGCUCCCAUCCCAGAUGCACGGCGGACUGCUCCUUCUGCACCAGCCCCACGGCCUUCUAUAGUGCAACCUGCAUUCCCUAGUCAGCCUCAGGAGCCCAAUCCUCCACCCCCACCAGCUGAUGCAUCUCCUCCUUCCACUGAUGCACCACCUCUAUCAUCACCUGCAUCAGCUGCAGCUCCACCAAGAUCCCCAGUCGCACAACCUGCACCAACUACAGCUCCGCCAAGAUCACCAGUUGCACCACCUGCACCGGCACCGCCCACCCCAAAAUCUCCAAUGGCACCACGUGCUCCUGUACCAUCUACACCAAGGUCCCCAUUUGCACCGCCACCUCUUGUAAACAUUAGUCCAUCAGCAUCGAAAUCCCCAACUGUCAAAGCCUCAAAUUCAUUGCCAACAUCUCCUGCCCCCAAAGUAUUGCCAACAACAAAUGUUUUAUCUCCUUCAAUACCUUCAUCUCCUAAAACACAAACACUAGAUCCUUCCUCCUCAGUGCCAACUUCUCCAGUCCCAAAACCUAUUGCAACAGCAAACCGCAAUGGAUUAGUCCCUGGCCAGGCUGCCACACCUGCGUCAUCUCCAAAAAUUGUCAAACCUUUGGCGACAACACCAGUCCAAUCCCCCAAAACUAAGGUUGCCUCUCGCCCUCCAUCGCCUUUAACACUACCCCCAUCUCAGAUAAAGACAGAAAGUGCACAUGAAACAAUGAUGCCUUCCGAAGUUGAGCAAAAAUUGGUGCUGGUUCAAGAAACCGUUGGCGAUCCGGUGAUGCCCAAUACUCAUGAUGACGGAAUUGCAUCCAAUGAAAAGCGAGAACUAAAGAAAGAUAAAGGUGAAAACAAGAAACUUUUUCAUUCUAAAGAGCUCAGAACGAGCAUGAUAACACUUGCUGGUGAAAACAAAGGAGCUGUAAUGGAAAUAAGUCCUACCCCGAAAAACCAUUACUCCACAGGCGACCCUCUCAGUCUCCACAAGACCAUAAGUAUUAAAGGUGGGAUUGAUGAUGAGCAGUCAAGCAUUGAUAGAAGUGAACUAAAAAGAUACAAGGACAAACUCAAUAAAGCAAAGGCAACACAAUCAACACCGACAACUGCAAUCAUAAACAGCAAUUUUCAGGGAGUAAACAACGCCAUUCUCUACGAUUGUACUUUCACUCACCAAGAUCCUGGCGUCCACCACUCUCUCACUGGAAAUGGUACUGGUGGUAAUGGGAUUCACCUCACAGACCACUAA